AUGUCCUAUUGGCUAUUUGAAGUGGUUGCAAUUCCGAUUACUGCGCUUCUUCCCAUACUUUUAUUUCCGGCACUCGGCAUAAUAUCAACACAUGAAAUAUGCAGCAGCUAUCUGAAGGAUACAUCAUUGUUGAUCCUUUGUACGUUGAUGAUCGCGUUGGCAGUCGAAGAAAGUAGUCUGCACAAUCGUUUAGCGUUGUUCGUACUAUCGAAAUUCGGUGGUUAUCCCCUCGCGGUUAUGAUCGCUAUCUCAAGCGUUGUUACAUUCAUUAGCAUCUGGGUAACGAACACAUCUGCCACAGCGCUGACUCUACCAAUUACGAUCAGAAUUCUUGAAUUGAUGAUUCAAACGCGUUCGUUCUCAGUAGAAUCAAAUGGCACUCAUGGACAUGGAAAAUCGAAGUCGCGAAAUAGCGUCAAAGAACGUUUGAAAUUCGAUCUUCUAUCGUGCGAGGAUCGAGCAUUGUGCAAAACACUGGUUCUGAUAUGUGCACACGGUGCACUCAUCGGUGGCACUGCAAUGGUCACUGGAAGCAGCACGAAUCUGAUAUUCAGAGAAUUAUACCACACCCAACACUCAAUUUCAAGCUUCGCAUAA